CAGGACUUCAGCAGGAAAUCCAGAGGAAUAACUUAGUCCGAGUAACUGCGUCAUGGAGUUUAUCACAGACAUCAUCGGCAUCGUUGAUGAGGCUGAUUACACAGACCCUGGAAGAUUAAUGAAGAUUCUUCGAUCUUACAGUUGUGAGAAAAAAGGUUCCUGCUACAGAGUGGGAGGAACCUAUAAAGAACUGGAGCACCUUUCAGUUCAACUUUCAGCAGAGAAACAUUACGUCCAUUCUGCCACACAUGGUCAGCAAGAUGCUUCAACUCAUAUCAAAUCAAUGCAUGUAUCUGCAGUUGUCAUGACCUACAUUCAGCAAAAAUGUUCAAAAGAACUCGCCAAAAUUCAAGGGAACAGUUUUGUCUUUGAAACCCAGCCUGAACUCAGAACAGUGCACAAUAACCCCAGUAGUACAGUGCAGGUGAUUAUAAGACCACAGGGUGUCCCCAAACCCCCUGUUCAAGCUGAUUAUGUCAGACAAAGAUUCAUCACAUUCUACCAGAGAACUGCCUCUGACUUGCAGGUCACUUCUGUCUCUGUGAGUCCACACGAACACAAAGACCUGCAGCUGAGGUUUCCCCGUAUCCUUUUUAAACCCAGUCACAAAUAUGAAGUAACAGCGACUGCGCCCUUUGUGCACAUUGCUCAAUUAAAAAAGUUCCUUUUACAAAAUACACUAAGCUCAAGCUUAGUUCAACCAGGGAACAAAGGUUCAAAGGACACUCUAAGCAGCAGAACCUCGGGUCCUCAGCCUACACAAGACAAAGAUCCUGAAGAUGAAUUAUGUCCAAUCUGUAUGGAACCAAUAGCGAUUACAGAGAAGCACACCCUGCAGUGCAAGCACUCCUUCUGCAGAGACUGUUUGGAAACAGCUUUUAAGUACAAGCCUGUAUGCCCCACAUGUGGAAAGGUACAUGGUACUUUGACAGGGACACAACCUGAUGGAGGCAAAAUGAAAGUCACCACAAACGGUUCAUCUUUACCUGGAUAUGAGAAAUAUGGAACAAUUCUUAUCCACUAUUUCAUUCCAAGUGGCAUCCAAAAGGAGGAGCAUCCUAAUCCUGGUCAGACAUAUGAAGGUGUAUCCCGCGUGGCCUAUCUCCCAGACUCCUCAGAGGGCAGGAGGAUCCUGAAGCUGUUGAUACGUGCCUUUGAUCAGAGACUCAUCUUCACCGUGGGUCGCUCCACUACCACUGGCAGGAAUAAUACAGUCACAUGGAAUGAUAUUCACCACAAAACCUCAACACACGGGGGGCCAACUUGCUAUGGAUACCCAGAUCCUGAUUACCUCAGCCGAGUUGAAGACGAACUGAAACUCAAGGGAAUUGACUGAGUUUCUGUAGAGUUUGUUAUCUAUCACAUGAAUGGACUAGCUCAUGUAAUCUUUUAAGUUACACUAUUAUCUCUGCAAAKUUAUGUACAAACAUCUCCCAUCUUAAAACCCACAUAUAAAGCAAAACAUAAGACUACAUAGAAGGCAUAAUUAAUGUAAUUUUAAUGCCAUUUGAUGAUUCAUAAAUAAUGACCAUCUCACAGCUUCAGAUUUCUAUUUUCCUGUCCUGACAGCCAAUGUCAAUAUGUUUUAGGUAUUUUUUUCCCAUUCUUGUCAACGCAAUAUGUCAAGAACGUCUUGAGGGAAUUUCUACAAAUUUGGCACAAAUCGUUCACUUGGACUUAAAUGUGACCUGAUUAGAUUUUGGUGGUCAACGGUCAAUGUCACUGUAGCCUCACAAGCAAAUUAUUUUGUGAACAUGACACAGUAUCUCCGGAACACCUUGAGGGAAUCAUUUCACAUUUAGUUGGACUCAAGAGUUAAUUUAUUUGAUCCACUUUGAUUCAAAGAUGAAUAUGUUAGAUUUCAGUGGUCAAAGGUCACAGUGACUGGAAAGAAAACAUGUACAUUUCUUUUAUCAUUCCUUUAUCAUUCCUUUAUCAUUCCUUAAUGAUUAAUGAUUAAUGCUCCGC